AUGAUAUUUGAAGACACUACAACAAGUUUUACAAAUGAUUUUUUGACUGAUAUUGACAUGGGGUCAUUAAAUGAAGUUCCAUUACAAACAAAUUCAACAAUAUCUGAACCAAUACAAAUAAUAAGUACUCAACGAGGUAAACGAAAACUUUUACUUGAUGGUUAUAUCUAUCGUUUGGAUCGAUCGAAUGAUCGUGGUAUUGAACAAUGGAGAUGUUCAAAAAAAAGUUGUCGUGGUCGAAUUCAUUUACAUAAUUCAUUUUUAUUUUCAUCAACAAUAAAUCGUACAAAUGUUACAUUAGUUUCAUCUCAUUCACAUGCAUCUGAACCAGCUCAAUGUGAAGCUGCUAUUGUUAUUGAUCAUAUACGAACAACUGCUCAACAUAAUCAACAUGAAUCACCUAAAGAUAUUGUUCAUCGUUUAUUAAGAUCAGUUAAUAAUGAAACAGCUGCUAAUCUUCCUUCAAUUACAGCAAUGCAACGAAGUAUUCAACGUCGACGACAACAACAAAAAUCUUUCGAUUCUUUUUUAAUUAAUAUUGAACAUGAAGAAAAUUUAACUACAAAUGAUAUUCAAAUUCUUUAUCGUUCAAUAAAUGAUAGUUCAUUAUUACAUAUAAAUGAACUUGCAUAUAAUCAAAUAUUAGUAUUAACAUGUGACAAUGAACAGAGUUAUCGAAAUAAACUAGCAAAUACAUCUAUUUGGUUAUGUACAACAUUUCAUGAAAUUAAAAAUGAUUAUCUUCAAUGUAUUUUAAUCAUUCAAGUACUUGAAAAUAAUAAUGAAACACUUCUUCCACUUAUUUAUGCUCUUUUACCAUCGAAUACAAAUGUUUUUUAUAUGAAAUUAUUUAAUGAAUUAUUACCAUUACAAACACCGAAAUAUAUUUUAACAAAUUUUGAUAAAAUUUUAAUUGAUUCAUUAAAAAAUUUCUUUCAUAAUCAUACAAUAUUACCUGAUAUUAAAAUAUGUUCAAUAUUUUUACAUUAUGAACUUUGUAAAUUUAUUCAACAAUACAAACGAAUAAUACAUGAUAUGGAAUAUAAAUCAAUAAAAUAUCUUUUAGCACUUGCUUAUAUACCACAAUUAGAUGUUAUUAUGGCUUUUGAAGCUCUUCAAGAAAUAUAUUCAUCAUCGAUAGAAGGUAUUUAUGAUAAAUUUGAGGAUUUAUGUAUUGGUCGUUUGCGUCCAAAUGGUCAUCGUUCUCAACCAUUAUUUACUACAACUCUUUGGAAUUGGACUGAUGUCGUUCCAUAUUUUGAUAAUUUAUUAUUGAUAAAUACAAAUAUUAAACAAUGGAAUGAUAUGUUUCGAACGUCAUUGUUAACUAGUUCAUAUCGAAGUUGUUAUAAAAUAAUUCGUACUAUACAACAGUUAUAUCAACAUCAAAUAAAUACAAAAAAUCGAAAAAUUGAAACAAAUAAAACAAAUAUAAUUAUUCAAAAUUAUUAUACUAAUAAAUUUCGACAAAUUAUUCAAUCAUAUCAAUCAUUAUCAUUUGAAGAAUAUCUUCUUAAUUUAAUUGAAUAUUUACCUAUUUAA